GUUAACUGUCGCAGUUCAGAGAUGAAGUUGGCGCCGCUGUGUGUGUUGGUGGCGGCUGUGGCGGGGAUCGUCGCGGGGGAGUUGGCGCCCCCUGAGAGGUCCUACAAGAUCCUCAUGCUCCUCCCCGUCUCCUCCAAGAGCCACAGGAACGUCUUCAUGCCUCUCGCUGAGGCUCUGGCUAUACGUGGACACAAAAUUGUGAUGUUGACCAAUCACCCGAAGUCGACCAAACAUCCCAACAUCCACGAGGUUCCCCACGGCCUCACACACUUCAGGGAGGACAACAUUAACAUGUUCGACUCCCGGAAGGACCCAACUGGUGGCUUUCAGCUCUUCUUGGACUCUCUGCCACCCAUCGCCAGGGAAUUGUACAAAGUCCCAGUGGUGAAAGAACUUUAUGACAAGAGAAAGGAGUUCGAUCUAAUAAUUGUAAACCAUAUGUUCAACGAGGUGGCGUAUCCCUUCGUACACGAGAUCCCCUUCAUCACCCUCGCCACGCCAGGGAUGGACCCACGGCAGAGUGCCGUCCUGGGCAACGUCCUCAACCCGGCCUACGUUCCCAACCACAUAUCCAACUAUACGUUACCAAUGAGCGCCUGGAAUCGUUUCCACAACACGCUGAUUCACAUAGGAACGUCUCUUUACUGGCGGAACUGGGCCGUCGUGCCCCUAAUACAAAAAGAGAUCUCUGCACAGUUCCCGGAGCUGCCGCCGCUGUUGGACCUGGAGAGGAACAUGAGUCUGGCGCUGAUCAACACCCACUUUAGUAUCAGCAUGCCGCUGCCUCUCCUGCCGUCACAGGUGGAGGUGGGCGGCAUGCACUGUCGACCCGCCAACCCUCUGCCUCAGGAGCUGGAGUCAUGGAUCACAGGGGCGGGGUCCGCUGGCGUCAUCUACUUCAGUUUGGGCUCCUUCACGCAAGGCACCGACAUGCCAGUCCAGUACCGCGACCUCUUCGUCCAGGCCUUCCGCAGGGUGCCGCAGCGCGUCAUCUGGAAAUACGAAGGUGUGAUAGAGAACGUUCCUGACAAUGUGAUGAUCACCAAGUGGCUUCCCCAGCAGGAUAUUCUCGCCCAUGACAAGGUAAAGGUGUUCAUCACACAUGGAGGCCUCCUCAGCAUGCAGGAAGCCAUCUACCACGCCACACCCCUCCUCGCAAUACCCAUAUACGGAGACCAGCCCAGGAAUGGCAAAUUUGUAAGGGACUCUAGCCUCGGAGACUAUCUGGUGUGGGAGGAACUAACAGAGGACAUGAUCAUUGAUGCUAUCACCAAAAUCAUAAAUGAUCCUAAGUAUAAAGAAAAUGUAUUGAGGAUGUCAGUACCGCUGCGGGACCAGCUGACGUCACCCAAGGAGCUGGCAGUGUUCUGGACGGAGUACGUCAUCCGCCACCGUGGGGCGCCCCAGCUGAGGUCCCCGGCGGCACAGCUCUCCUGGGUGGAGUUUCUCAUGCUUGACGUCAUCCUCCUCCUCCACCUGAGUUUCAUCUUACUAGGCUUCAUCCUACGUAGAAUCUUCAGGGUUAUUAGUGCUAAAAUAUUCGUUAGUGAUGCUGCCAAGAAGAAGAAGAAUGAUUAGGAAUGGCUUAGAUAAGUCAUACAUGGAAGCAUCAUAAUAUUUGGAUUGUCUUCGUUGUAUAAUUCUUAUUUCUUUUUUAGAGGUAUUUCUUCUCAGCGGAGGUCAGAAGUGAAAAGAAUGCAUAAAUAAUUAAGAAUUAUUUUUUAUAUGCAAUUAUGGGUUUACUUUAAUCAUUUAUGAAGAUUAAAAUAUAAUAGAAGGAAAUUAUUUUCCAAACAAAAUAAUUAUCUUAUCAAAAUUUUAGAGUGAAGUGAAACCUCGUAAAGUUUCUAGUUAUACCAAGAGAUGACAAUGACAAGCAGAUGGCAGCCAGUCAUCACUUGAUAUUCUACUCAUAUAUUGUGUGGCAUUUUUGUCUUUCUAGAUUAUUAUGCUGUCUAGAAGGCUCAUAUUUACAAAGUUCAAUUCUAGCAGCAAUAAAACCAUUAGAUCCAAACUAGGCACAGUGACAUUAUCAUUAAAUGGAUUCGUGAUAUUACUUUGAGUUUUAGUACUUAGCAAUUAUUGCACACAUAUUUGAUUCCCAACAGUGGGGAACUUACCCAGUUAUGUCCAUGACAAAGAAGAUCUAUCUCUAGAUCCGUAUCUCUUGACUUUUGUGCCUGAUACAUAUACACCUCUGUAUGUCCAAGUACUCUGUCAUGUUUGCUCUUGGAUCUGGGAGUGAAGUUUAUUUCUAUCACUUCUGGUGCAAAUGUAUUUCUAUUGUUUACCCACCUCAUUGUAUAUGAAAAAUUCCAACAUUUAUCUAGUCCAUUUGUAUUUCGAACAUAGUUUUGUUGUUCAUGGCUGGGAGAAGACUGUGUGUCUAUUUUGUCUAUGCCCUUCAAUUUCUUGCACAUUGUGAUUAUAUCACUUCUGGUCUUUAAAGUCUGAAAAGUCAUUAGAUUUAGUUUUCUUGGAAAGUUCAUCAUUGCUCAUACCACUGGUAAUACUAUCCAGACAAAUCUUUGAACUUAAGUUUUUUUCUUGCAUGAUCCCAUGAUGAUGAUGUAUCCAUUUGUUUAUGCUUCCAUCAAUACUUUUGUCCAUCCUUGCACGCCAGUAUCCGUGUGUGCAUAUAUUGGUGUGUGUUAAUUUAAGUGAGUAUGUAUGUGUGCCUGCAUUUGUGUGUAUGCCUCCAUCCGAAUGGCUAUUCGCCCAUAUGUACGUCUGACUUUGUGUAUAUCUUCCCGAGUGUGCCCUCAUCUGUGUUAUACAUCCAUCAUGUAUAUUGUGUCGCAUCUGUACCUCUUUCUGUUCAAGUCAACAAUAUUGGUGGUAUUUCUCAAGACUAAACCUAUAUACGAGUGAUAUUAUUUCUGCACUUCUGUGGGAAGAACGUAUUUUUAAUAUAAGUUACAUUCCUUUUAAAUUAAAUAUCAUUAUUUCAAGUUCAAAUGUAAAACUGAAGACUAUUUAUUGUCAGCAUUAUAUUUCUGUAGUGAGAUAAUUAUGAUAUAAAGAACUGUUGGGUGAAUUCAUUACAUCAAAUGAUUGUAAAAAUCAAGAUUAAUAUUUGUAUUGCAGUUAGUUACCAAUUGAGCUUAUUUUAAGUAUUUUAAGAAUAAAAAUAGCAUCUAUUUUGUUUGUUUUUUGUAAAAAUUUGGAGAUACAUGUAGUAAGCUGCGUUUCUAGCUUACUAUUAGGCUAGUAGUUUCUAGCUCUAGUUUCUAGUUUUCUUGUCUCAUUUUCCAAGUAUAUUGAUUUUCAUGAAGAUAACAGUGUUAGAAGUUUGUAUGGCUUUAGUACACACAUACAUUCUUGACUACCUCCUCUGGAGUGUGUACCCAUAACAUCUGGUGACGAAUAAUCCUGGUUGUAGAAGCUCUUGUAGUCUAUUUUCUCAUGAAACUAACGUAUUUCUUUAACAAUAGAAAUUUAAUAAGUUCUAAAAAAAUGUGUACAUACAAAUAAAAAUUAUUCAUGGUGA